UACUUAGCGUGCGUAGCCUAAAAGUAGAGGGGCUAGCACCUCGUCGAUCGACCUGCCAUGGCGGAGAUGAAGAUACUGUGCAAGGACGGCGACAACUUGUAUGUGUCCAUUCGUGGCUCUGAGAUCGUUCUUGCCCGCGAGGACCCCAACGACAAAACGCAGCAAUGGUUCAUGGACUACUCCAGGGCCAGCCAUGUGGCCAACAACAACGGUCAGAGGGCAUUUGCAUUGGUGAACAAGGCGACGGGACAGGCUUUGGUGAACAAGGAUGAUAAAUUGGUGCAACUAGCUCCAUACAACGAUGAUGGAGAUGUGGACAUCUCAAUGUUCUGGACCAUGCUCGAGAACGUGUACGGCCAUGGAUUUCACCAAAUAGCAACACUGAGGGAUAGUUCUUUGGUCAUCGACGGGCUAAAGGGAAAUUGCAAGGAGGGAACAAUUGUUGGGGUCUAUCCUUCACAUUUGAAGACUAAUGUAUAUGAUAACCAGCUUUGGAAAAUCCUCCCUGUCGACGGCUGCGGUAGCUCGAUCGAUCGACCUGUCAUGGCGGAGCUGGCGAUGAUGAAGAUACUGUGCAAGGACGGUGACAAACUGUACGUGUCCAUUCGUGGCUCUGAGAUCGUUCUUGCCCACGAGGACCCCAACGACAAAACGCAGGUACACGUAUAG